AUGGCGGUGGUUGCAACUAUCAAGUGUGUUGUCGUCGGUGACGGUGCUGUCGGUAAGACGUGCUUGCUCAUCAGCUAUACAACCAACAAGUUCCCGUCCGAAUACGUUCCUACCGUCUUCGACAAUUAUGCUGUCACUGUCAUGAUCGGCGACGAGCCUUACACCUUGGGUCUAUUUGAUACUGCUGGUCAGGAAGAUUACGACAGACUGCGUCCCCUUUCGUAUCCUCAGACCGAUGUCUUCCUCGUCUGCUUCAGCGUCACCUCCCCAGCUUCCUUCGAAAACGUUCGCGAGAAGUGGUUCCCCGAGGUUCACCACCACUGCCCUGGCGUUCCAUGCCUUAUUGUUGGUACCCAGGUCGAUCUUCGAGAUGAUCCUAGCGUCAGAGAGAAGCUUGCCAAGCAGAAGAUGUCUCCAGUAAGGAGAGAGGAUGGUGAGCGGAUGGCCAAGGAGCUUGGCGCUGUCAAGUACGUCGAGUGCAGUGCUUUGACCCAGUAUAAGUUGAAGGAUGUGUUCGACGAGGCCAUUGUCGCCGCUUUGGAGCCCCCCCAACCAAUGAAAAAGAAAUCGCACAAGUGCAUGAUCCUGUAA